AUGCUAUCUACAUUCUUCAUCGGCAUUGCAAUUUUCAGAGUUGUCUUCGCUCAGGACUACUUCAACGGGACUACCUAUAAUCCCGUCAGGCUCGCUUGCGCAGUAGCCGAAUGGUUUGAUCAUGUCUCUCAUGACCCCAACUUUAUUGGAAUCUUGAGACCUGAGACUGAUGUCUGGUACUGUCGAUACAAUUGUGACAGAGAUGGAUAUACUUUGGCUUAUUGGCAAACUUCAUCCAAAAUGUGUUACUGUUCUUUGGAACAAGACAUACCAGCAGAUCAAAUCGGUGAGGCCACCGCUGUAGUAGAUGGUUGUUGGUCAGGUGCGAAUGCCAGACUCGAUGACUUGCAGGCAGACUUCUACGAUGAAUGGUGCACCAAUUCAACCUUGCACCACGUACCAUCAUUAACAUUUUCUUCUCCUAGUAUACUUGGCUGUAUAGGUGGAUGCGGGUAUCCACCUCGUGUUCCGGUUAAAUGGGUAUACACAGGUGUGACACCUCGAUUUGACGAAACGAUGCAAGAAUAUAAUUACCUCUGCCAGUGUUUUAACGAGCCUGUAGAUACUUAUGAUGAUGCUGUCGCAUGCGGCUUCGGCAAGAUUCAUUGGUUCGAAAGGUUUUGGACAGAUUCACCUGCGUAA